CCAGCCCUAAUUUUGGUGACAAACGGCGCCCAGCACACAACGCUCGCGACCGGCGACCUCCAUUCCGUCAGUCAACAUCCGUUCGGUUUCGCCGUGUCGACGAAGAUCCGCCGGUGUACUCGUUCCAGUCGGAGGUUCAACCGGUCCUCAAAUUUGCAGCGUCAUAGCUAGGAUUUAAUAUAGCACGAUGAGAUCCCACGACUCUGCACAGAUAUGCAUGCUCUUAGUAGACAUCAUGGAUGUAUACCGAGUUGAGACUACGGUGCUUGUCCGUCGGUAUAUGAAUGCUAGGACACGAAGGGCUAAGCGUAUAAUUUUAGAGCACGCAAGAAGAUGCAGUGUCCUAUCAAAAAUCCCUCGUCAAGAAGAACACCUCGGACGGCUAGUGAACUUCAGCGACAUUGACUGUAUAUCUAAUUUGCGUAUGGAUCGAAAUACGUUUGGAAGAUUAUGUAGACUUUUAGUGGACCGAGCAGGGCUGCGAACUGGCAAAGUGCUUGGGGUGGAAGAACAAUUGGCCAUAUUUCUAAGUGUACUAUCGCACCACCAGAAAAAUCGAAUUGUCCGUUUCAACUUUGUUAGGUCCGGAUCCACGGUUUCCUACUAUGUGAAUAAGGUGUUGGCUGCUAUUCUAAGUCUUCACACAGUUCUCAUACCUAAGGCGACUCCGGUCACUGACGACUGUAACGACCACCGUUGGAAAUGGUUCAAGGGAUGCUUAGGGGCGUUGGAUGGGACACACAUUAAUGUCUUGGUAGGUGAUGCCGAUAAACCACGUUAUAGAAAUAGAAAGGGUCAAAUAUCAACCAACACGUUGGCUGCUUGUGACCGUAACAUGCAAUUUGUGUUCUUCUACCCCGGGUGGGAGGGGUCAGCUGGGGAUUCCAGGGUGCUACGAGAUGCAGUGGCGCAGCCAGAUGGGUUUAAGGUUCCACAAGGAUGUUACUACCUUUGCGAUAAUGGGUAUGCAAAUAGCAACGGUUUUCUGACACCAUUUCGAGGAGUUAGAUACCACUUGAAAGAGUGGGGACCUGGCACGGCCAUACCACAAAAUCCGAGAGAGAUGUUUAAUAUGAGACACACGAAAGCUAGGAAUAUAAUAGAGCGUGCUUUUGCUGUGUUGAAAAUGCGGUGGGGUAUCCUUAGGAGUGCAUCAUAUUACCCGAUUCAGACCCAGAUUCGGCUAAUAAUGAGUUGUUUCUUAUUACACAACUUCAUACGGCGCGAAAUGGAAAACGACCCCAUAGAAGCUGAGCUGGAUGGUGAGACUAUGCCGUUUGCACAGGAUGCCGAGUUUGAAGGUCAAGAAUUUGUUGAAUCUGUGGAACCAUCCGCGCAGUGGACACAAACACGCGAAGAAAUAGCACAAUAUAUGUGGAACAACCGCUAGUCUUGGUUUAGUUGUAUUUGUUUAUUUGGUUAAUGAAUGCAGACAUUCGGAUAUUGUGUUCACUUGUAUGCUAAUGAUCAAACUAUGUUCAACGUUUCG